UUCAUCAAUUUAUAAAUUUAUUCUACUCGGUUACAUGCUAAUUGCGACAUUUACGCAUCUCCUUCGCAAUCGUCAUUUAUUAUUCGCCCAAGCAGCCCGGAAUUGCGCCUCGCGUUUGACAGUUCUGCGAUUACCGGCUGAGCGGGGACGCCGGACGUCGACGUUUCGCGAGCAUCCACCCCGCGCGCUGCCGUCCGCAGCGGCAUCACAGCUGAUGCGCGGUGACGUCACUCAAACAAAACCAUGCGCUCUCGGGGCGCGAGAGAGCGAGUUGUUCCGCGAUCCGAACGCGCAGGCAACACAUACUCAGUGGACACGGUGAGGUGUGUGUGUUCCUGCACCUCCGCGGGUGUUGCGAGCUGCCGUCGUUGCGACUUGCCGUAGCCGUCGUCGCCGUCGCGCGCGCGCGCGCGCAUCCGUCCUCGUCCUGAGCGACGAUCUGCUCCGGCGUGUGUGCGUCUCUCCAGGAUGCCGUUCAUAUCCAAGGACUGGCGCAGCCCAGGCGAGGAAUGGGUGAAGACCGUCGAGGGCUGGGAGAAGAAGAAGAUUCUCGAGUGCGCCAACAACAAGACCCUCUCGCUUCUCUUGCGCGGCGAAAAGGAUGCCGGCGAUAAGAAGGAGAAGGACAAGAAGAAGGAAAAUGCCGUCCAGCCACAUUGUCACAUCACACUGAAAUGCACACGCGAGAUCGCCGGUUUCAAUGGCCUGAGCGACGCCCUGAAGAGGCUGGACUUCCUGUCCGCAGUGCACGACUGCCGUCGCUUCAACUAUAUCGUCCGCCUGCUCGAUCUCCUGGUCAGUCACAGAAUGGGCGGCCUCAGCGGGUGCGCGCAGAGAGUGCUCUUCAACAUGCUCGAAGAAGUCGCUCUGGAAGUGUCGCUGUCGCAACAGCAAACCGGAAGACUGCGACGUCUCAUUGAGAGAGUCCGGGCCUUCAGCGCCGGCUGUUGCUGGGGUGGCAGACCUUUGGGCUCUGUUAUCCUGUGGGAGAAGCAUAAAGCGGCUCUGGAGAGGAUCCUGCAGAUCGCCUCGUCCAUCACUAUCACCCAGCCGGACGAGGAACAGCAACCACAGUGGUCGGAUCUGCCGCCCGAGUGUCGUCGGGAGGUGCUUCUUCGUUUGAGUGACCCGCGCGACAUCGAGGCCUCGUCCGAAGCUUGCGAACAUCUCGCCAUCUUGGCGCAGGAGCAGAGAAUCUGGCGCGAACUUGCCCAAUAUCACUUCACGCCGCAGCAGAUCGCCACUACCAGGCAAAAUAACCCUGGAAAAGACUGGAAAACUAUAUUCACUAUCGCCCGAAGGUCGUUCGGAUUGCGGGAGGAGUACGCCGAGAUGAUACAGCUGUGCCGCAAUUGCCGCUGCUUGUUCUGGCGGUCGCUCGGCCACCCGUGCAUCGCCGAUCAGGAUCCAGCGUUUCAAGAGAAGCUGGCGGACGUCGACCAGGCGUCCCUCCACGUACCGAUUCCUCCGCAGACUUUCCUGAAAUUCUUCUCGCUAUGAAAGCUCUCGUAUGUCCUGUAAGAGGCAGAGUGCACGGUAUACGUGUAUAUGUAUGAGUGCGUGCAUGCGCGCGCGUGUGCGUGCGCGAAAAAUGCGGAAGCUAUGACGCAACUGCGAAUGUGAUUGUCGCCGAAAAAGGCGAGAGUGAAUGGGUCCGCGUGUGUGUACACGUCGGUAAAGAUAAAGAGAAAUAUAGAACGACGUUUAAAAAUGUUGCUCUGCACGUAGAAAGAGAGAUUCUAACGUUAUCUUCUGAAAGGAAAAAAAAAGUAUAUUUAAUCUGAGAUAUAAUAUAUAUAUGCGCUCUCAGGUGUACCGGGCGCGGCUGCGAGACGCAGAGAUCGGCACGGGGAACGCGUUCCCGGCGGGGAGUUCGACCUACGUCGAUGUCGCUUUAACGAGUAUCUUCAGGUGGAGGCCUACUUACCUCAUAAUCGAGCUCGAUGGUUUGAAGAAUGGCACAAGAAUUCCGGCUCGCCGCCGGGAACUUAUCGUUAAUUGGCGGACAAGAAGCGCAAGGAGGUACGGAUAUUUGCGCCAACUUUAUAUGCGUGAGAGGAGGGGGGGGGGGAGAUACGCGAAUCGAUAUCUUCCGAGGUUGUAACUUCAACUGCUUCGUAAUUAGCGACUCUCGCUCGCACGAGCUUCAUCAGGGCGAGGUUGGCUGCGAACUCGUGAAGUACGCAGUUGCUCCUUAUCGCCGGUUCCCGCCUCUUCAAGCUUCGUCUCGUAUCUUGAUUGAGUGCGAUUGGUAUUUUAUGGUCAAGGGAGUCCCGACUGUAACACGAGACUCUCGGAGAUCCGCGAUUUUUGUCUUCGAGACUCCUACAGUGAAAUACGUUCUCGAAAGGGACAAGAGAGAGAGAGAGAGGGUAUUUCUAUUAUCCUUGGAGUUAUGGUCGUAGAAAAUAGGUACUAGUCGUAGAACGAUGUUGUUUAAAAAAAAAAUGUCCUCGAGAGAGAUGGAGAAUGUGUAUGUGUGUGUGUGUGUGUGUGUGUGUGUGUGUGUGUGAGAAAGCGGGAGGGAGAGAGACUGCGCGUGAGGAUAUUAUCGAUUUACGCUGACAAGCUUUCGGUGUUUGAAGCUGACAAAUGACUACGUGUGAUUUUGCGGUAGCACCUCACCACCCUCGAGGUUCGUCUUCGGUGAUAACGGCAUCGAGCAAGCUGUCCUUCGCGAAUCUUUCGCCGACCUAAACACCACGCAAGACGUGCAUUCGCUAAAUCAGCGAGUGCUGGGAUGCGCGUAUACGUUUGACGUUCCGCGCAGCGAGAGAAACUUUCUUCAUUUUUUCUGACACCGAGUGUUAUUUUAUCGAAGAUCGCACGAGAAUUGCAUGCGGGCCAGAGAGAGUUCUCAAUAUUAUUGCGCGCGCGUGCGCGCGCGCUGCAACGAUCAAAGACUACUUCUCUCCUAUGCGAUAUUAAAUACGAAGACAAUCGAGUCCACAUUCGCGGAGUAAAUUCUCUUCUGCCGUCGUCACGGGAUUUUUACGCCGAUGUUAACGUUGACAGUGAAGUGAAGAAAAUUUGGACGAAAGGAGACGGACCGCGUGCGCAUCGUAUGCAGACAAGUGUACGACAUACUCGUGCUCGUUACGCGAAGAGGUGCAGCUGUUUCUCAGCCCCGAGCGUACUUUUCGUGCUACUGACAGCUCUACUGCAUUUCAUGUUCGCAUUUAGAUAAUUUUUUUAGUUUUUUUUUUUUUUUAGCGAUAUUAUCGCUUUCGUAUAUGACAUUUAAUUGUAUAUAAAUAUAACGGCAAAGCAUCUAUUGCGCUUCCUUUUGUAAUAUAUACAUAUACAUACACACAUACACAAACACACACACACACACACACACACACAUAUGCAUGACAUGCGUCGAUUUUUUUUAUUUCCUCGGAUUAUUCGGGCGCUGUGGUUUCUUUGUGCAAUAUUUUUGUACCCCUUUUGUUUUUCGUUUUUUCUUCUACCCUCAUUUUCCUUACAUCCCCUUGGUCUUUUUCUCCCCGCGCUUGUUUUUGGCAAAAUAACGAGUUUAUUUUUGACGAAACGCGAGCAUGUUUUCGCAAUUUCCGAACUGUCGCGGGGAAGCCCGAGGAGGAACUUCUCCAACUUCGUGGAACACUGUUGCCGACAGUUUCGAGAGGAGACAGUUCGAGUUGUCUAGUUGUUGUGAUGUGAGAAAAGGUGUACAUUAGUUAACUUUACAAAAAGUACAAAACGUUAAACCAUCACUAUAGUCGAUUGAUACGAUUGAACGCAGACGGAUCGCGGAGACCUGUCGUCGCUUAUACAGGGUGUCAUAGUUCAAGCAAUACAGAGAGAGAGAGAGAGAGAGAGAGAGAGAGAGAGAGAGAGAGAGAGAGAGAGAGAGAGAGAGAGAGAGAGAGAGAUAGCGUGUAAUUCGAAUUUUCGCAUUCUGUAUGUUGAUUUGAAGAGAGAAAGCUCUUAUAUUGACAUUCUUUACUAUUGCGAUUGUUGCGCGUAUAUUCGUUUAGCUAUAUAAAUAAUGACGCGGAUUUCUAACGAACACCUAAGUUACGAUACGACGUGUAAUAAAAAGAAAAAAAAUGAUAACAGGACGGUCGUACUGCAUAUUAAUUGGAGAAUGGAAAAUUAUACUGCCAAAGUGGAUGUUAUAUUAUUAUAUUUAUACGAGGCGACGAAACGUCGUUUGUGUAAAUUUCCGUAUAGCACGAAAGGCGUUUUUUUGAUAUUUGCUCUUUUAUUCGUAGCAAAACUUAAAAUCAUUGCAUGACUUAAAUAUAUACUAACCUAGUCACUAAAUCAAGAGGAGAUGACCAAAAUCGCGGGUGAGUCGCAGUGUUAAAAUUGUAAGCUCACGAUAAGAGUUCUCGGCAGCUCACUGUGUACAUUAAUUAAUAAUCCAACGAACUGGUCUCUAUAAAGUGCGAAUGUAUAUAUAUGUACGUAUACAUAUGUACAUAUAUAUAUAUAUAUAUAUAUAUACAUAUAUAUAUAUGAAUGUAUGUUCACGUACAUAUGACUAUAAAGCAAUCCUACGAUCAGGAUUAUUUUACUUACGUAAGCAAAUGUGUAGAACAGUGUUGUGCAAAGUGCUUCAAAAUAAACUUUAUUUAAAUAUA